CGGAUGGAAAGGAAAUGCCGUAAUUUGCUUUGUACCGUCGCGCAUACUGUCAGAAAUGUACGUUAGGUGUAAAACGGCAACAACGUGCAGUUUGAGAAAAAAAUCUUUAUAAGGAAGAAAUCUGGACUUUUUUGUUGCUGUGUUCACCAUACGACAUUCGGGGAAACCAUCGGCUCAGGAUGUUUAAAAAAUUUGAUGAAAAAGAAAAUGUUUCCAACUGCAUCCAGCUAAAAACCUCUGUUAUUAAAGGAAUAAAAAAUCAACUCUUGGAGCAGUUUAAAGAUAUUGAUGUAUGGCUCAAUCAGAUUAUGCCAAAGAAGGAUCCAGUCAAAAUAGUUCGAUGCCAUGAGCACAUUGAAAUUCUGACUGUAAAUGGUGAGCUGCUAUUCUUCAGACAACGAGAAGGUCCUUUCUACCCAACUCUUAGAUUACUGCAUAAAUAUCCAUUUAUUCUUCCACAUCAACAGGUAGAUAAAGGUGCAAUCAAGUUUGUUCUCAGCGGUGCAAACAUCAUGUGUCCUGGACUUACUUCCCCUGGAGCACGCUUAAACCCAGCGGGAGCUGAUCAAGUAGUUGCCAUAAUGGCAGAGGGCAAGCAACAUGCUUUAUGUGUUGGAGUUAUGAAGAUGUCUGCAGAGGAUAUUGAGAAAGUCAACAAAGGAAUUGGUAUUGAGAAUAUCCAUUAUCUAAACGAUGGACUUUGGCACAUGAAGACAUACAAGUGAAGUGUCAGCUUUUUUUGGUUUCUGCAAAGAAUUGUCUACGCAUGAUAUCAUUUUACUCACUGAUGUGAUAUUUGAUGUUACCAGCAUCUUCAUAAUGAAAUAAAAUCUAUUGUUCUACAUGUCUGCCCCCCAAAAUAAACCUUCUUUGAAGAUCCCAA